UGACAACAGCAAGGCUUCAGGUCCUUGAGGUGAAAAUUUGAGGGGUAACCUGUCUAGGUGGUGAAGGAGAGGUGUUGUGAAAGGUAUCUCUGUAGUUCUAGACAGAUGGAAACCAAAGAGGAAGUAAAGAUUGAGCUCGUUAUUAUCAGGUUCCUGAUCUCCGUCAUUGGGGUGAUAGGAAAUAUCAUCCUGAUGAUGUCUAUCUUAAAAACCUCAAAACAUCUUAAGACCUAUGAGAUCCUGUUGCUGGGACUGGCCAUUUCUAACCUGGAGACCAUCAUCAUCAUUGACGCAUAUGAUUUAUUUUCCAGCGCUGAGAACUUGACUAUGCGCAUGGUGGUCUGCAACACUAUGAAGUUCCUGACAGUAUUUGGUGAGGUCACCACUAUCCUCUUCACCAUGCUAAUCAGCAUCUUCCGCUACCAGAAGCUGCGAGAUGCGGAGAAACGGGUUAAUUUGCCCAUCCUGCUGGACAGUGUUCCCGUGGCGAUGGGGGUGAGUGGGGCCUGUGUGCUGCUGGCCAUCAUGUUCGGGAUGCCCACCUACGCCAUGAACAUGGACCACCACAUGUCCAACUACACCGACACCGGCUCUUGCCCCCUGGAUUUCUUCCAGUGUCCCAAGAACAACUGCCCAGCCCUAAACAAGGUCUACAAGUACUGCUUUCUGUUCAUCUGCAUUCUGCUGCCUCUCUGUGUAGUCACGUUAACCAGCAGCCUCAUCCUCAGGACCCUGCUGCUCCAGAGGAAAACUGCGCCUACCCAGUCUUUCAACUCCUCCAUCACCACUCGUAAGACCUCCAGUUUCCAGCGGAGCACCAUUGCAAUACUGGCAGCCAUGACUAUCUUUCAGCUGGACUGGACGAUUUACCUGGUACUGCAUCUGGCUAUAGACCCCUACACCUUCCUCUACUGGGAUCAGACAGAAUUCUUAAUCGCCACCACUUACUCCACCCUCAGUCCCUAUGUCUACGGCACAGGAAAUAACUUGUUCUCUCUAAAGCGCUUUUGCUGAAGUGGAAAGUAGGACCAGCACACAUGGAAGUCCAGUGCUGCAGGUAUUUUAUUGCAGAUUAUUAUCAUUAAUAUGUGCUUCCUUAUGCCAGAACUGAUAAAAAAUUAUGUAGCUCCUCACCAACCUGUAUAUAAUAUAUUGCAAGCAUGUCAUUAAUGUUAAAGUAACUAAUUUUAAAAAUAUAUGCAUGACAACAGAAUAUGAAUCCAACUUCUCAUUAAUCUUUAUCUUCAUUGAUUAUGCCUUUUUGUUUAAUCUCAAAUAUGUUAUUGUUUAUUGUUUCUGUGCACCCUAGUAUCUUAGAGUCAUACGUUCUUAUGGAGUUACCUGGAUUCAGCUAA